AGUGAGCGAGAGAGAGAGGGAGGAGCGACUGAGAGAGAGAGAGAGAGUGCUGACUCGGCGCUGGCAGUCUGUUCUCCACUUGGACGACGGUGCCGAUGACAGGAUCAGGAUCCGGGGACGAGGCACCCGCCAGCCAUCUGAAGGUCCAAGUGGACAAGUGAGACUCCGGACAGCUCGACUUCCUGCCGCCGUCCUUCGUUGGUCCUGAUCCCUGCAGACAUGCGCCUCCUGGCCGCGCUGCUCCUCCUGCUGCUGCUCCAGUGGGUGGAGCCUCAGCAAGUCCCCAGGACGGGCUCCGGGAGGAGGGGCCUGGCCAGACGGCAGACGCAGGAGUGCGAGGCCUACACGGAGGCCGGGGAGAAGUACCUGGACUGCAUGGAUCGGCAGCUGACCGGGGUCCAGCCCGGCUGGCCCGCCGACACCCAGCACCUGCUGCUGGCCCGGAACCAGAUCCAGGUCUUGAAGGAGCACAUGUUCUCGGCCUUGCCUCAGCUGAAGAGCCUGGACCUGCAGCAGAACCAGAUCUCCCGGGUGGAGGACGGCGCCUUCAGCGGACUCUGGCAGCUCACCACGCUGCUGCUGCAGCACAACAGACUGAGGAGCACUUCAGAAGAGGUGCUGCUCCCACUGCCUCGCCUCACCUACCUCCGUCUCUAUGACAACCCCUGGAGCUGCGGCUGCUCGCUGGACAGUCUGGUCCGGACCCUGCAGGUGCCCAGCCACAGGAACCUGGGAAACUAUGCCAAGUGUUCCGAGCCAGCGGCGCUGAGGGGCCGCAAGCUGAAGACGCUGAACGUGGACUUGCUGUGUUCCAGGGAGCAGCCAGUGGAGAAGAGUGCAGGGAGCAGCCAAACCAGAGCCCCAGCUCUGCAGGUGACGGCAGAUUCCUCACGGAAGUGUCACACCUCCAUGUUCCCCAAACCUCAGCUGGACUGCCGUGGCCAAGAGCUGAGCAGCGUGCCGGCUGACGCGCCCACCGACCUGGUGAAGAUGGACCUGUCUGGGAAUCACAUCCGCCGCCUGCGAGCCAGACAGUUCGUGCUGAGCCAAGAGCUGAAGCUGCUGAACCUGAGCCGGAACUCGCUGCAGCACAUCGACACAGCUGCCUUCGUGGGCCUGCUGCACCUGCGGGAACUGGACCUGUCCCACAACGGGCUGCGGCACUUCCAGUAUGGGGUUCUGGAGGACCUGUACUACCUGCGCACGCUGAGGCUGGACCACAACCCCUGGACCUGCGACUACAACAUCCACUACCUGCUCUACUGGCUCCAACACCAUCCCGCCGUCUCCCACUCGGGACUCUUCUGCUCAGAGCCGCCAGAGUUCCGGGGCUGGAGGGUGGAGGACUACGUCAAGACCUACAACGGCGAGUGUCCCAAAGACCGGCAGACGGGGGCGGCGGGCACCGGGCCCCAGGAAGCCACCAGGGAAACGGCGGCGGCGGAGGAGGAGGAGCUGCCGGGUCCGCUGAAGGAGCGGAGGCGCAAGAAGUUUGAGAUCAUCCAGCUGAGUUAGGAGCGAAGCCUGCUGACAUCAGCCGCGCGCCGGCGGUCGCAAAAGACCAGACUGACCACAGUAACUUUUCCGUUGUGAUUUUAUCCUUCUUGCUUUCCGACAACACAGGGCUGACCUCGCUGAGCGCCUCCCAC